CAGAGUCGCCCAGAGUUGCCCAGAGUCACCCAGAGUCGUAGACAGAGAGAUGCAGUGCAGUUCCUCGCGACCGAAGAAAAUCGUCUCAACAAAGAGUUGAACAAGCAUAACAAAGAAUCGAACAAGAACGACACACAAGAUCAGAUGAAGAAGAUGCUUCAAGGUUUGAUUUACAGGUUAGCUUAUAUUGCUGUUGGUAUAUAUUCGUUUGAAAAGAGGAAGGCAAGCACGGAUGCAAAAGAGUGGAUGAAAGGAUAUCUAAUGAAGUCUAUAGGGAGGAAGUGGAAAGAUUGGAAGUGUGAGAUUAAGAAACAAGCUUAUUAUCCCUAUAGAACUAAUGUAGAAAUAUUAGUUCACAAGCUUGACCGAGUGGAGGAAUCACAUUGGCGGGCUUUGGAAAACAAAAAGAAUAAUGGGAAGAAAAUGAGUCGUAUUAAAUUUUUUAAGGUUGCAUAUUCAAAGAAAGAUGGUCGACCAGUUAAUGAUGUUGUUGCACAAGCCUUGUCAGACAUGGAUGAACUUCCAUCACAAAUGUCAGAUGAAGUUUUCACUCAAGUCAUGGGACCAGAGCGACCAGGAUGUGUUAGAACAUAUGGUUUUGGACCAUCUCCGAGAUAUGUGUUUGGACGUAAAAAAUCAGAAGAGAUGCAAGCAAUGCAGUCCCAACUAGAUGAGCAAUUGAGUAGACAUAAGGCAGAGCGUUAG